GCCAGCUUUCCUUAUAAUACCUGACCAUUGACCGCCAGAGACUCUGUGACUCUCUGUGUACUCCUUGUAUCAACCUUUUAGUUAGGACGAUCAACUUAACGGAUUUUCAUGCCAUAAGAAUAGCUCUACAUGGAGACUCCUGGGUAAUAUACCGUAGUAACGAAAAUGGCCAGCAGAAUACAACAACGCAUCGAGGAGAAUUGCAAGACCAUUUGGGGAGAUUACGAUUAUGAAAUCGACUAUGAGACGGAUGACAAUGAGACCUUCCAAUACUUUGUUCUGCGAGAUUAUGGAAGCACAUUCGGCUCAGCAUUGGCAAUGACCUUGCUCUGUCACUCUGAAGAGGCUGCCUAUAGGGAAUUGGACCGGAUGUUAAGGAUAUGGGCAGCACAGGUCAGACGAGGGACACCCAUGACAAAAGAGGAGAGCCUGGAGAUAUUUGGUGGUCCAAGAGGGGAGUUUAAGCGAGUCUUGGAGGUAUUUUGGGGUGCAUCAGCAGCAAGUCAGGCUGCUGUUCAAUCUACGGAGUCUCAGAGGAAGCAGGGCAACGGGAAGCAGGCACAUGUUACAGAGUGAACUCUUGAUGCAUAAGUACUAAGUUUGGUGGUGGCAUUAUCAUCGGUCGAAGAUCCGAUUCUCCGAAGGACUGAGCUUCUGCCAGGGCCAAAAACAUAAGCGGUAUCUAGAAUGAAGCCAUCUCCUUUUCCCUAAUUGAGGAGGUUCUUCGGUGUCGCAGAUCAAUGUCGAACCUUUUAGAAACCAGCGUAAACUCAUCGUUCAAUCUGAUCUACCAUCAAUUGAAAUCAGCAUGCUCUUUCAAACCACUC